AUAAUUCAACCGCAUGGGCCUGUCCUUGGAGUCGGUCAUCGAUAAUAUGCAGGACGCGAUCUAAUUGUGUGAGACUUCGUCCUAUGAAAUGAAUGAUACCGAAAUUGCCUUUUCUCUAUGCUGUUCCCGGUCGAAAUUGGUGCAUAAAGUUGUUUUGUCGGCAUGAUGUGAAUAUUCUGGAAGCUCUUUUUCUGUGUAAGUAGAUGAGCUGAAAAAGGCUAUCAAUUAAGUGCAUGACAACAAGCCUCUAGGCCGCGAGGAGGAGGAGCGCGCUUUCUUUCCGUGUUGCGAAGAGCGGACCGUCCGGCUCCGACUGACACAACGUAAAAGAUGUUGUUUGCCGGUCUUCGGACUGCCUCGAGGCCGUCCGCAAAUUAUGUUCGCAAUUGCGCUUUCCCGAAUACGUUUUCAAGCACAAACGGCGCUUUCUUCCUGCAGAGGCAGGGAUUUUCAACCGUACAUCGCAGAGUAGCAGAAAAGCUCGCGAGUUUUCGAACCGCGCAGAGGAGAGCGAUACUACGACACAAGCCAGCAGCGAGCUCGUAAAACUAAGAAGUAGGAUAUUGAUCGCAAAUGAUGUAUGAUGCAUCCUAAUAAAGACUGAAGACGAAUUGAAAAAACGCAAGAUAAAGAGAGGAAUUAUCUCGUUUGCCAAGCAUAUUUUUUGGUUGAUUGGAAUACCUAGUCGAUGUACAAAGAGCGAGUGCUCUUCUAGCAUAAAGAUCCAAAAGCGCUUUUCAAAAUGGUUCCAUGACCACUAUCUAGGUCGCUCGUAUCGAUGAAGAAAGGUACAACCGCUCUUGGAGAGAAGAUAGCAAGUGGGGGCUUAUCAGGGGGUACUGUCUCAAUCUAUUUGGAGUCCAUUGAUUCAUCCAUUGACAAUCGCAUGAUUAUGGUAAUUUCCAUUCGAUGAAACCACGUCUAGCCUAGAAGAAAAAUACCGAUGUUAUGAUAUGAUUGAAGUGGAAGUGCUGUCUCAGGUUUUGCGCGGUUCUGGAAAAAGGACUUGCACUGGACGACGGGGUUGGGCGUGGCAGUCAUCGAAGAAUUCGUGUUGGGUCUUGUAGUGCUAGGACUAGCCUGUGGUGUACCGGGAAAUACGUCGCUAGCGAUUAUUGCCCUCGUCAGUGUGGUACGAGUUUUACUUACUUGUUGUUUGUUACGGUCUUAGAUGUACAAAAACAAGUUCUUGGUACUUACUUACAAUUCCUGAAGAAUGCCAUCCACUCUGAUCCUCGUUUGAACAAGAAUUACAACAGGUUGGAUUUUCAUGGGAUUUGAUCGGUGACUUGUCGCUUUCUGGUCUCAACCUUGGCAGUUGCGAACAAGUUGGGGUGGAAGUGUGCACGAUGAUUCAUUCCAGCCAUUGCCUUAUCGCUGCAACCUUUCUCACAUUCGCUGCCGGCAACUAAUGCGUUAUUUUGAAUGCAGCCUACCACAUCAUUUAUCCCAAUGAAAAACAUUUGUGACCACUUUUUCCAUGCUUUCACUCGCUGUUAGAUGUUGGAAAAGGACGCAAACAGUGGAAGUUUAAUGUUGACCAUUUACAAACAUGAUCACGGCUGCGUGAGGUAGCGUGCAAAAGAUUUCAACGUGCCGCAACGAUCCUCUUUCAACGCCGCGUAGGAUGUGGCGAUCUUAAAAACAUCAGUCAGCCAUAUUUAUUGAACUAACGAUGAAAGUGAGUCGGCAAGCGG